AUGGUAAAAUAUGAUGCAGAUGAAAAGAUAGUUAUUUGGGAUGAUGAUAAAAAGCCAAAGUCUACAGCCAAAGAUUUGCAGACGGGCAAUGAAGACCUUGCUUACUGGGCAAUGAAGGCAUCAGGAGUAGAUUUCAAGUCUUUCUGGGAGAUGCAAGACGACCUCAAUUUUGAAGAGGUGAAGCAAGUUUUUGAUAUUUAUGGAGUGAAGAUUGAUUAUCGGCAUUUGAGUUUAAUUGCGGAUUACAUGAUGCAUACGAGAGGUUACAGACCAAUGACCAGACAUGGAAGCAUUGCUGAGUCAUUGUCACCGUUUAUUAAAAUGUCGUUCGAAACAGCCUCAAAGUUCAUUGUAGAAGCAACUUCUCAUGGGAUGAUCGACAACUUGGAGACACCGUCUUCUAGGAUUUGCCUUGGCUUGCCUGUAAAGAUGGGUACCGAUUGUUUUGACUUGAUGCAGAAAUUGGAAGUCUGA